AUCGACUGAGAAUCAGUCAGCGAUCUACCUGUCGAUCGCGAUCGACUGUUUGGGCACCCCUGGUCUAUGGGUUCAACAGAGACCGGAAGUAGUGGACUAAUGGGAUGCGGUUCUGAGGUUGUUGCACAGAUAUCCAAACUGUCCUUUGAGAUCAGGGCACAGCAAUGGCGUCACAUGUGGAGCUCCUCUUUGGAGUCCUGCAGGAUUUGGGGAACGACGAGCUCAAACAGUUACAGUGGUUCCUGAGGCAGCCUGGCAUCGUAGAUGGCUUCCCAGCGAUCCCGAAGAGCGAGCUGCAGGAGGCAGACAGACAGGACACGGUGGAUCUGAUGAUGCAGACUUACGGCCUCCCUGCCGCUCUGCACAUCACAGCGGAGGUCCUGAAGAAGAUCAGCAGAAAUGAUUUAGUGGAGCAUUUAUCCAAAAGUGCAUCUGAACCCAACAAUGUUGUUGCUGACGUGAGAAAGACGUCAGAGAACACAGGAACUUCUGAGCAGCUCACAGUUCAUCUUCUCCCUCAAACAUCAGCCACCCAGGCUAAAGAUUUGUUGGUGCAAAGACCGAAACCCCCGAGACACAUCACAUUUUACCAACGCAUGCUGCAGUCAAACCUCCAGAACAAGUUUAUGUGUACACGAGAGGGGUUGGAAAAGCAGUGGGAUAAGAAACUCGUGAAUGAGAUCUACACAGAGCUCUACAUCAUAGACUGGAAUGAUGUAGAUGUUAACAGGCAGCAUGAAGUCAGACAUAUUGAGAUGACAUCAAGAAAACCAGGAGGAGCUGAGAGAGCCAUCCAGCACAAUGACAUUUUCCAACACCACUCCGGAGAAAACAUACCUGUAAGAACUGUCCUGACCAAUGGGAUUGCGGGAAUCGGUAAAACGUUCCUAGUUUCUAAGUUCAUCCUAGACUGGGCUGAAGGACGAGCCAAUCAAAACGUGCACCUCAUAUUCCCCUUCACCUUCCGCCAGCUGAAUUUACUGAGCGGGAGAAGGUUUCGUUUAGCAGAGCUCGUUCACACCUGUAUCAGGGAAAGUCGAGAUAUCACAGAGGAGGCUCUGAACGACAUCUUUACAAACCUUCAGGCUUCAGGAAACACCAACUAUGGCAAAAGUACAUUUAAACUUCUCUUUGUGCUCGAUGGGCUGGAUGAAAGUCGUCUGCAGCUCGACUUCAGUGAGCAGGUAGAACGUGCAGUGGAUGAGCCGCUGUUGGUGAAUGAACUGCUGGCAAACCUCAUCAAAGGGAAGUUUCUCCCGUCUGCUCGCCUCUGGAUAACCACACGACCUGCGGCGGCCAAUCAGAUCCCUCCGGAUUCUGUCGACAUCAUGACAGAGGUAAGAGGGUUCACUGACACUCAGAAGGAGGAGUACUUCAGGAAGAGAUUCAGCGACGAGGAGCAGGCAACAAGAAUCAUCUCCCACAUCAAGACGUCACGCAGCCUCCACAUCAUGUGCCACAUCCCUGUUUUCUGCUGGAUCACCGCUACAGUUUUUAAGAAAAUGUUUGGAGAAGACGAGAGCAGAGAAAUCCCUCAAACUCUGACGGAGAUGUACAUCAAGUUCCUUAUGUUUCAGAUCAAGCAGACGGAACAGAAGUACGACAAAGGUAGAAACUUCAAAGUCAUCCAUUCACUUGCAAAGCUCGCCUUCCACGAGUUACAGAGAGGACAUUUGAUCUUCUAUGAAUCCGACUUGAGAAGCAGCGGUAUUUGUUCCAAUGAAGCGUCGGUGUACUCCGGUGUGUUCACACAGAUCUUUAAAGAAGAAGACAGGCUGAACGAAGAUAAGAUGUUCUGCUUUGUGCAUCUGAGCAUUCAUGAGUUUUUGGCAGCCGUUUUCGUCGUCCUCUCAGUCAUCAAUAACAAGAAAGAUGUGAUGGCUCAACCACAAACACCCCUGCAAACACUGCAGAUGGUUUUCAGGAAAUCAACCAUCACCAAGGUCUGUAUGAAAGCUGUGGACAAGGCCUUGCAGAGUCCCAAUGGACACCUGGACUUGUUCCUACGCUUCCUCCUUGGUCUUUCGUUGCAGUCGAAUCAGGAUCUUUUACAGGGUUUGCUGAAAGAAGGAGAACGCAGUGCAGACACGCAGAAGAAACUAGUAGCAUACAUCAAAGAGAAGAUCAGGGAGAACUCUUCUCCGGAAAGAUGCAUUAACCUUUUCCACUGUCUGAGUGAGCUGAAGGACAGCUCGCUGGUCGAGGAGGUCCGACAUUACCUGAGAACAGACAGUCUCUCCACUGCACUCCUUUCUCCCGCUCAGUGGUCAGCCCUGGUCUAUUUGUUACUGUCUUCUGAUGAAGACCUUGAUGUGUUUGACCUGAAGAAAUACUCCAGAUCAGAGGAGGUUCUUCUGAGAAUGCUGCCGCUGGUCAAAGCUUCAACGACUGCUCUACUGGAUCAAUGUAAGUUCUCUCAGCGGUCUUGUGAAGCUCUGGCUUCAGUUCUCAGGUCCUCUGGAAGUCUGAAGAACCUGGACCUGAGUUACAACAACCUGCAGGAUGGAGGUGUGGUGUUCCUCUGUGCUGGACUGAAGAGUCCACACUGUAAGCUGGAAAAUCUAAAGUUGGCAUACUGUGUGUUGGAGGAGAACAGCUGUGCUGAGAUGGCCUCGGUCCUGACCUGUGAGAUAUCUUCUUUGCUAACGGAGCCCCGCUAUGUGGGGGAAUACUGCAGUCUGAGGGACCUGGACCUGAGUCACAACCACCUGACGGAUUCUGGACUAGAGUUGCUCUGUGAUGCACUGAAGAGUCCACGCGGUAGACUGGAAACUCUCAGGCUCAGUCUUUGUGGUCUGACUCAGAGAGGCUGUGUGAGCCUGAGCUCGGUUCUCAGCUCUAAGUCCUGCAGUCUGAGAGAACUGGACCUGAGUAACAACGACCUGGAGAGUUCAGGAGUGCAGCGGCUGUCUGAUGGUCUGGGGAGUCCAAACUGUAUCCUGGAAACACUCAGGUCAGUAAGCUUCACUAAACCUUCACUCCUGCAUGAAAGUGGAGAUGUGCAUGUAGGAUGUGCUCUGUGCAGGCUGUCAGGAUGUAUGAUCAAAGAGGAGGGCUGUGCUGCUUUGGCCUCGGCUCUGAGCAUCAACCCCUCCCACCUCAGAGAGCUGGACCUGAGCUACAACACACCCGGAGACUUGGGGGUGACCCCGCUCUCUGCGGGACUGGACAACCCAGAGUGGAAAUUGGAAAUCCUGAGAGUCGAUCACUGUGGAGAGAUCAAGUUCCUGCCUGGGCUGCGAAAAUACGCUUGUGAGCUCACACUGGACCCGAACACAGCAAACAAGACUUUAAACCUGUCUGAAGGGGACCGACAGGUGACAAAUGUGAGACAGGAGCAGCCGUAUCCGGAUCACCCGGACAGGUUUCAGUUCAGGUACCAGGUCCUGUGUACGACUGGUCUGACCGGGCGCUGUUACUGGGAGGUGCAGUUGAAAGGAGAAGUUUCUGUGGGAGUCUCUUACAGAGGCAUCAACAGGAAAGGAAGGGAUUACGACUCUCUGCUCGGGUGGAACGAUCGGUCCUGGAGCUUCAUCUGCAAAAGUCUCACCGCCAUACACAACAGGAAGCGUACGGUCGUGUCUGCUGCGUCGGCCCACGGCUCCCACAGAGUGGCGGUGUAUCUUGACUGGCCUGCUGGGAUUCUAUCCUUCUACAAUGUCUCCUCUAACACCCUGACACACCUCCACACCUUCCACUGCGCCUUCACUGAGCCUCUCUACCCUGCUUUUAGGGUUCUUGGUACGUAUUCAUACGCGUUAAUUGUGAGUGACGGUGUUCAGAUAUCGUAUGAUGGAGACAAAUGAAAUGUACAGGAGAGUGGCAUAUUUUAAAUUAAAAGCAUGAGUCCCCGUGAGCUGUCAAUGCCAUAGACUGUUUGAAAAGAUGGAGAACAUGACCACUCCUUUAAUGUGGACCCAAAUCACUGAGAGCUCCCCCUACUGACUGGCUGCAGUAUAGGUCAUAAGCUCCGCCUCCCUCCAUGUUGAUAGAUGGGACAUCGAUCAAACUCUAAAAUCAAAUUACAGAGAGUUAUUUUCAUGCUGAUUUUUGUCCAUUUUUCAUUAAAGUUUUAAUUACUUAUUUGAUGCUAUAAAAAGGGUUAUAACUCCAUGAUUGGAGUUGACAGAUGUGUCGACGAAUGAGGCUCCUGCUUCGUGCACCAGAUGAUCAGAGUAUAGAAGCAGUGGUGAGAGGAGACGUAACAAACAAUAACAGAGGAGUUGUUGAACUUUCCAUAACCGCCCCAUGUCUGCUUCAAACCGACACGAGAAUCUGCCCUGCUGUGGACUGAACCCAGCUGAGGGACUUUUGACCUUUAAACAGGAAGUGAAAUGAGAGUUUUUAAGUAAGCAGCAGAGGCGGGACUUUAAUUAUUUUUACUGCACAGACUUUGGCUCAAAAAGAGUAACAUGUUGGCGCCCAUCAUAUUGUUAUGUUCACUCAUGGAGGAUGCAGAGACGGGUCCAAUGUCUCGUUAUGGUUAUUGCAUGUUGCCUCGACGACUCCUCCUCACCUCCUCGUUUCCUCGCCUCCUCGUCUUCUAACGUCUUCGUCUCCUCACCUCCUUUCCUCCUUAUUUUCUCGCCUCCUCGUGUCCUCGCCUCCUCGUUUCUUCGCCUCCUCGUCUUCUAA